CAUGUCAAAUGUCAUGCAAGUUCACUUGUCAUAUAUAUUGUAAACAAAAAUAUUUUAACAAAAAUCUAAAAUUUAAUUAAAAUUAGUUUUAUCCAUAAUUAUCCUAUUUAAUUAUUUGACUGCUAUAUUCUGGAUGGUUCAAUUACAAUCUAGUAAAAUGUCUGGGGACGGUCCUGGUGGUGUCGGUGGUGGAACACAAGUGGCACUGGUUACUGGAGGUUAUGAUCACACAAUCAAGCUUUGGCAGGCGCACAGCGGAGUCUGUUUACGUACUAUGCAACACCCGGACUCUCAAGUCAACGAUUUGGAAAUAACACCAAAUGGCCAAAUGGUAGCUGCAUGUGGGUAUCAGCACAUCAGGAUGUAUGAUCUGGCCAGUGCCAAUCCAGAUCCAGUCAUGAACUUUGAGGCCAUUACUAAAAAUGUAUCAAGAGUAGGUUUCCAGGAGAAUGGGCAGUGGAUGUACACAGGAGGUGAAGAUUGCACAGCAAGGAUAUGGGAUCUAAGGGCAGGGCGGCCGUUUCAGUGCCAGCGAAUCUUCGAAGUGCCGGCGCCGGUGAAUGCGGUGGUACUGCAUCCCGACCAGUCACAGAUCAUGGUGGGUGGGCAGAGCGGCAUCAUACACAUAUGGGAUCUCAAGACUGAUCACAAUGAACAACUGAUCCCCGAGGCGGAGGCAUCCAUUCAGGAUAUAGCAAUUGAUCCAUCGGGGAAGCUGAUGGCGGCGGUGAACAACAAGGGUAGCUGCUACGUAUGGUCACUAGCAGGCAGUCCGCCGCGUCCAGCGCCCCGCAAACAUCUGCGUGCCCACAACAAAUACGCUCUGCGCUGCAAAUUCAGUCCAGACUCCACUAUGUUGGUGACGACGUCGGGUGACUGUUCGGCUCGUGUAUGGCGCACUAGUGACUGGUCGUUACUACGCGAGUUGCGGCAUGACGCGCAGCGCUGGGUAUGGGACGCUGCCUUCAGUAUCGACUCACACUACCUCUUCACUGGUUCAUCAGACAGCUAUGCCAGACUUUGGGAUCUCGAGAAGGGUACAUUGGAAAGGGAAUACUGCGGACAUCAGAAACCGAUAACUGCUUUAGCAUUUAGAGAUCAAGCUGUGUAGACCAUUAUA